GUCAAAACAAGUCUUCCCUCCCUGUCACAACAGAGCGGAGUGGAGGUCGCCGCCGCCGCCGCCGCACUUCCUGGGGCCGCUGCAUCGCGGUCCCCGGGCAGGUGGCGGGUGCGCCGGGCAGCGGUCGCCGGGCUCCAGCCCUUCUCAGGCCGCGCGCGUCCCGGCCUCUGCGGCCGCCCGGCCAGGCGCCCGGUGCCUUUUGUCUGGCGCAGAGCGGGCGUGUGCAUCACAUUUCGGACACCUCCCUCUCCUCGUCGUCUCUCCUCCCUCCUGCUCACAUCUUCUCCGCCGUCCUACCCCCGCCGGACUGCCGGCCUCCUGGACCAAAGCCCGCGGACGUCUCUACUCGAGCGAUGCCUCCUCUCCAGAAAGUUACCGCUGCCGCCGCCGCCGCCGCCGCAACCGGGCGGUGAAACAAAGUCUGGCCGGGCCGCCUCCCGGUGCAGGAGCGCACCCGUGCCCAGCGGCUGCACUUCGCUGCCGGGCGUGCCGCCUCCCCGCGGGGAGCCCGAACCGCGCUCUGCCAUGGCUGAGGGCGCAGCCAGCAGGGAGGGUUCAGCGCCGCCUGACGCGGCCGGGAGCGAAGACGACCCCCGAGUGGGCCCGGAUGUCACCUCCGGGGACUGUGUGGCGGCGGCCCCUGGGGGCCGGUGGAGGGACCGUCGCAGUGGGGUCGCCCUGCCCGGAGCUGCGGGGCCCCCGGCGGACAGUGAGGCCGCCCUCCUGGAGGCUGCUCGGGCGACCCCUCGGCGCAGCAGCAUCAUCAAGGCGGAUUCUUUACCAGCUGAGCUACCAGGGAAGUCCUAAAAAUAAGGAUCCUGCAAACCAAAAAUGUGGUGGAAGAAAGAAAACCGUGUCUUUCAGCAGCAUGCCGUCGGAAAAGAAAAUCAGCAGCGCAAGCGACUGCAUCACUUUCAUGCAGGCUGGCUGUGAACUGAAGAAAGUGCGGCCGAAUUCGCGCAUUUACAACAGGUUCUUCACUCUGGACACAGACCUGCAGGCUCUUCGCUGGGAACCUUCCAAGAAAGACCUCGAGAAAGCUAAGCUUGAUAUUUCUGCCAUAAAAGAGAUCCGACUGGGGAAAAACACGGAAACAUUUAGAAACAAUGGCCUUGCUGACCAGAUUUGUGAGGAUUGUGCCUUUUCCAUACUCCACGGGGAAAACUACGAGUCUCUGGACUUAGUGGCCAAUUCAGCGGACGUAGCAAACAUCUGGGUGUCAGGAUUGCGGUAUCUGGUUUCUCGAAGUAAGCAACCCCUCGAUUUUAUGGAGGGCAACCAGAACACACCAAGGUUCAUGUGGUUGAAGACAGUGUUUGAAGCAGCAGAUAUCGAUGGGAAUGGGAUUAUGUUGGAAGACACCUCUGUAGAGUUAAUAAAACAACUCAACCCUACCCUGAAGGAGUCCAAGAUUAGGCUAAAAUUUAAAGAAAUCCAGAAGAGCAAAGAAAAACUGACAACUCGAGUGACGGAAGAGGAGUUUUGCGAAGCUUUUUGUGAACUUUGCACCAGGCCGGAAGUGUAUUUCUUACUUGUGCAGAUAUCAAAAAACAAAGAAUAUUUGGAUGCCAAUGAUCUUAUGCUUUUUUUGGAAGCUGAGCAAGGAGUCACCCAUAUCACUGAGGACAUGUGCUUAGACAUUAUUCGGAGAUAUGAACUUUCCGAAGAAGGACGUCAGAAAGGGUUUCUUGCAAUUGAUGGCUUUACCCAGUAUUUGUUGUCACCAGAAUGUAACAUUUUUGAUCCUGAACAAAAUAAGGUUGUCCAAGACAUGACCCAGCCUUUAUCUCACUAUUACAUCAAUGCCUCUCACAACACCUAUCUCAUUGAAGACCAGUUCAGAGGACCAGCUGAUAUUAAUGGGUAUGUCAGAGCUUUGAAAAUGGGCUGUCGCAGCAUUGAACUUGAUGUAAAUGAUGGCUCAGACAACGAACCGAUCCUUUGUAAUCGAAACAACAUGACAACACACCUUUCCUUUCGAAGUGUCAUAGAGGUGAUAAAUAAAUUUGCCUUUGUGGCUUCUGAAUACCCACUCAUUCUUUGUUUGGGGAAUCACUGCUCCCUACCACAGCAGAAGGUAAUGGUCCAACAGAUGAAAAAGGUCUUUGGCAGUAAACUCUAUACUGAAGCACCUUUGCUGUCAGAAUCCUACCUCCCAUCACCAGAAAAAUUAAAAAGAAUGAUCAUUGUGAAAGGAAAGAAAUUGCCUUCUGAUACAGAUAUUUUAGAAGGAGAAGUUACAGAUGAAGAUGAAGAAGCCGAAAUGUCUCGAAGGAUGUCAGUAGAUUACAAUGGUGAGCAGAAACAGAUCUUGCUGUGUAGGGAGCUCUCUGACUUGGUAUCUAUCUGUAAAUCUGUUCAGUACAGGGAUUUUGAAUUAUCUAUGAAAAGCCAAAACUAUUGGGAAAUUUGUUCAUUUAGUGAAACAGAGGCCAGCCGAAUUGCAAAUGAAUACCCAGAGGAUUUUGUAAAUUAUAAUAAGAAGUUCUUAUCACGAAUCUAUCCAAGCGCCAUGAGAAUUGAUUCCAGUAACCUGAAUCCACAGGACUUUUGGAAUUGUGGCUGUCAGAUUGUGGCAAUGAAUUUUCAGACUCCAGGUCCAAUGAUGGACCUCCACACAGGCUGGUUUCUUCAGAAUGGAGGCUGUGGUUAUGUUCUAAGGCCGUCUAUCAUGCGAGAUGAAGUUUCUUACUUCAGUGCAAACACAAAGGGCAUUGUACCUGGGGUGUCUCCUCUAGUGCUUCAUAUUAAGAUUAUCAGUGGUCAGAACUUCCCAAAGCCCAAGGGAGCUUGUGCCAAAGGGGAUGUCAUAGAUCCCUAUGUGUGUAUAGAGAUACAUGGAAUUCCAGCGGACUGUUCAGAACAAAGAACUAAAACUGUACAACAAAACAGUGAUAAUCCUAUUUUUGAUGAGACAUUUGAGUUUCAAGUGAACCUGCCUGAACUGGCCAUGAUCCGUUUUGUGGUUCUUGAUGAUGACUACAUUGGGGAUGAGUUUAUAGGGCAAUAUACAAUACCGUUUGAAUGCUUGCAGCCUGGAUAUCGGCAUGUUCCCCUCCGUUCCUUUGUGGGUGACAUCAUGGAGCAUGUAACUCUUUUUGUCCACAUAGCAAUAACUAAUAGAAGUGGAGGAGGAAAGCCACAGAAGCGCAGCCUUUCAGUGAGAAUGGGGAAGAAAGUUCGGGAGUGUACCAUGCUCAGGAAUAUUGGUCUUAAAAACAUAGAUGACAUCUUUAAGAUAGCUGUUCAUCCCUUACGAGAAGCCAUAGAUAUGAGAGAAAAUAUGCAGAAUGCCAUAGUGUCUGUUAAGGAAUUGUGUGGACUUCCUCCAAUUGCCAGUCUGAAGCAGUGCCUGUUGACCCUGUCUUCUCGGCUCAUCACCAGUGACAAUACUCCCUCCGUCUCUCUUGUGAUGAAAGACAACUUUCCUUAUCUAGAGCCUCUGGGGGCAAUUCCAGAUAUGCAGAAAAAGAUGCUAGCUGCUUAUGAUCUGAUGAUCCAAGAGAGCCGAUUUCUCAUAGAAAUGGCAGACACAGUCCAGGAAAAGAUUGUGCAGUGUCAAAAAGCAGGCAUGGAGUUCCAUGAGGAGCUUCAUAAUCUGGGGGCAAAAGAAGGCUUGAAAGGGAGAAAACUCAACAAAGCAACUGAGAGCUUUGCUUGGAACAUUACAGUAUUGAAGGGCCAGGGAGACCUGUUGAAGAACGCCAAGAAUGAAGCCAUAGAAAACAUGAAGCAGAUCCAGCUGGCGUGCUCGUCUUGCGGCCUCAGUAAAGCUCCCAGCAGUGGUGCUGAGGUCAAGAGUAAGCGCAGCCUGGAGGCCAUAGAGGAGAAGGAGAGCUGUGAGGACAAUGGGAGGCUGUGACCCCGAGCCGCAGCAAUGCCUUCACCUAGCCUGCCUGCCAAGGACUCUGGUUUUCCCUUCUGAUUUGCUUUCUUUAAUAAGAUUUUUAGAAGUUCACAAGAAGAUGCCCUCUAUGGGAUAUUGGACAUAAACAGAUAUUUUCACAGCGUCAGUAUUUUAAUGUAGUUAAUUUAUCUAAGUUAAAACCUCUAGUAGCAGUGUUUUAAAAUUCUGAGAUAUGUGUACACACUCAUGUAUGGAUGUGGGUGGAAGUGUGUGUAUGUGUGUGUGUGUGAGAGAGUGAGAGACAGAGAUAGAGAGGUAGAGAGCAAAAAAGAAUGAUUGAGAGAGAUAGGUGGGAAGGGGAGAGAGAGGUUGAGAUUCUGUUAAAAUCUAUUCUGUGUUGCAUUAUUCAUUUGGUAAGUUAUUACUUAUCAUUUUGGGACAAAUUUGUUAAUCUGAAAUUCUAAAGAGCACUUACUAUAACCUGUUGCUGUGCUUAAUUUUAUUUCUCUACCUUUGUCAUUUAAUUUAGAGAUCUUAACAUAGCUUAUUGUGGAAGGAAGCCAAAGUUACCAAUGCAUAGAUAUUUUAAUAGAUUAAAUAUAGAUUAGACACAUUCCUAAGAAUCACAGUAGAAAUAAAAGUGAAUGAAAGCUAAACAGUUGAUCAGAAUUUCUGGAGGAUCAGUUAGUGAGCUCUUUAAAAUAUUUAUUAAAUAAAAGCAAUUUUUAGAAAGCUUUUUGUAGUUUACUAAACAGAUGUGAUUUCAUUGGGAAAGCUGAUCAUAAGUGAAUUUAUACCCACCCACUCUGAAACACAGUGAAAACUCUGUUGAGAUUAGAAUUUUGAUGUGACAACAAUAUUCAGUUAUGAAAUUUCAAGGUUGAGAUUUGUAAGAAUGUCUCAUUCUUCCAAACUGGGGAUCUAGAGUUCAUUUUCUCUAACAAACAUGGGCAGAGAGGAGGUCUUGGCUUUCAUUGCAUUUAAUUUAUAGUACUAAAUUUAAAGACAUCAUCCAAACAAUAUCAUAUCAUCAUCUUGAGAUGAUAUAAAUUCUGUGCAUCAGAUAACAUUAUGAUGAUUUAAGGACUAACUGAUUACAAAAAUCUAUUAUAUAAUUUUAACACAUGCAGAAAAACAAACACGCCAAAAAAGCAAAUGACUAAUUCGGGUACAUUUAUAAUUGCAUCCAGAUAAUUUUUAUCCUAAUAUCUUCAUAAAGUACUUGAGUAUAAUAUGUUUGUUACCUCCAACAGAACUAAAUGUUCUAUGGUUAUGAAAAUUUAUUUAUUUAAAACAUUGCUUUUAUUUUGAAAAGCUUCUUAAUUAAUUUGGUUAACAAAUAUGCUAAUUUGGGGGAAGCUAGGGAAGAUCAUUGUUGAAAUUUUGCAAAUAUAAACAUCUUCUAUGGCUACUGUGUUAAGUUAUUUCUGACUUCUUAACACUAUUAUGUUUAUGUUGCACAUUACUGAGACAGUAAAGAUAUAAAACAACA